AACAUGGCAGCCCCCUGUCGCUGAAGGUUGCUGUAGAUUUCCCAGGUUGAUUUGAUACAUGACAUAGAAAGCAUGUUGAGCUUAUCUAUAAGAGAGGUACGUUUAAUCAACUCGUUACUAGUAACAUGAGCUAGUUUGUAUUUGGCGUACUUUAUUGGCAGUAACGACUAGUCUGCUUGUUGCAAUGUAAUGUAGCUAGCUAACGUUAGCUAGUUACUUAGCUAGCUACCUAACGAAAGCUAGCUACUUAGCUAGCUACCUAUCAACUGAUGCAAAGCCUUAAACUCAGGGUGUUAGCUAGCUAGCUACAGUAUCACAUCUAAAACAUCAGUUUAUUAGUCCACAUCCCCACAGAGACAUGGUUAAAGUUGAAUGGCAAAGAUUUCCAACCAUUUCAGCAGUGCCCUGUAUGUUGAUUCUGUCAUGUUGAUUCAGCAACCAUAAUGUUCACAAAAUGGAAAUGGUGAUUAUUAUAGAAUCAUACACAUUUUACAUUAUUUGACAGGUGUCCUUGGCUCUGAGGGAGGGUAGGAUCUCCCCCACGGAACUGUGUCGAAAAUGCCUGAACCGCAUCAAGAAAACUCACCAUCUCAAUGCUUACAUCACUGUGACAGAGGAGCUUGCAUUGAAACAGGCACAGGAGGCUGAGAGUAGGCUCCUCAAAGGUGUGUGUUUCCUGUCUAUCUGUUUGUUUCUGUGAGUUGUAUGUGCAUGUGUUGUACAGUGCAGAUUAUGAUCAGGUCUUGCCUUAUUAUCUUUCUUUCCUACAGGUGCACCCAAAGGUCCAUUGGAUGGGAUCCCCUUUGCUGUGAAGGACAACUUCUGCACAGAGAACAUCAAGACCACUUGUGCCUCCAAAAUGCUAAAAGGUAUGUCUGCUAACAUCUAAAAAAGGGAUUCAUUGCUCCUCAUUUGAGUUGGGUUCAAAAAAAAAAAAAUAAAAAAAAAAAAUUGAUCAUGCAAAUCGCCUGCUGUCUGUUUUGUAGACUACACUCCUCCAUACACUGCUACAGUGGUUCAGAAGCUCCUUGAUCAGGGUGCUGUUCUCAUGGGGAAAACUAACCUGGAUGAGUUUGCAAUGGGGUAAGCAUCUUAAACACAUUUUAAGAACUAAACAUACACUAAGAACUAUAUUUAUUUGCAGAAUUACUAAAGUAUUAUCAUCUUCUGGCCUUCAUUACAUCCCUCCCUCCAUCCUUCUCCAGUGCAGGCAGUACUGACAGUGCUUUUGGACCUGUCCGGAACCCCUGGAGCUACGCCGCCCCUUACAGAGAGAAGACUGGGGCUGACAUGGACUCUGACUGGGUCAUCACUGGAGGCAGCUCUGGAGGAAGUGCUGCAGCCGUGGCCUCUCUCACCAGCUUCCUGUGAGUCUGCAGACUCAGGGCUACGUUCAAGGGCUUUGGACUGUUGCAAACUGAAAUGACAAUUUAAACACAAAAAUUCUGUAUUGUUUCCUUGUUCUGGCACUUGCAGCGCUUUAGGGUCGGAUACAGGUGGCUCCACCCGUAACCCAGGGGCAUUGUGUGGUGUUGUGGCCCUGAAGCCCACCUACGGCCUAGUGUCCAGACAUGGCCUCAUCCCCCUGGUCAACUCCAUGGACGUCCCAGGCAUCUUAACCAGGAGUGUCCAUGACGCAGCUACAGUCCUGGGUAUUCUCCAAGGCCAUGAUGUCAAAGACUCUACUACCAUAACCCAUAACCCCUCCACACUGACACACCUACCUGAUGACUUUGAUAUCAAGAACAUCUGUGUGGGCAUUCCCAAGGUGAGCUUUCCCAAUACGCCCAGUAGGAUCAGGCUUCUCAGUUCAUCCCAGUGGUUUAACAUGGAGAUUGUUGUUCUGGCUGUGUUGUGUGUCCGUUCCCCCACUGUCAGGAGUACCACGCCCCAGGUCUGUCCCAAGAAACCCUGGCCCAGUGGAGCCGUGUGGCAGACAUGUUUGAGCGGGCGGGGGCACGGGUGGAGCAGGUGUCCCUCCCCCACACCCAGCACUCCAUCGUCUGCUACCAUGUCCUAUGUCACACCGAGGUGGCAUCCAACAUGGCACGCUUUGACGGCCUGGAAUAUGGUAAAACCAGGUUUCAAUAUUUAAUGCUGCGCACUGAAAAUGCCUGAAAAUUGCCACUUAUAGAUUAAGUUGUAUUGAAUUGAAUGGUUCUAUCUAUCUGACUGUUUGUCUGGCUAUGCCAUUGUUUGAUGAUCUAUGAUGUGAAUUUAUAUAGCUCAGUAAAUGAAAGACAAAGGUAAUUUGAUUUGAAAGCCCAACAAAGUGAAGUUUUCCUUAACAUUAUAUUUAUUGUAAACGCCCUAUAGCCAGCAAAGCCCAUGAUGGCCAUCUCUGUUUAUUUUCAUUAUCGCUGUAUGUGUAGGGAGGCAGGUAGCCUAGCGGUUAGAGCGUUUGGCCAGUAACCAAAGGCUCGCUGGAUCGAAUACCCGAGCCGACAAGGUGAGACAUCUCUUGAUGUGCCCUUGAGCAAGCCACUUGACCCUAAUUUGCUACAGGAAUGUCAUACAGCUAUGGCUGACCCUGUAAAACAACACAUUUCACUGCACCUAUCCGGCAUAUGUGACAAUAAAACAUAUACAAAAAACAACAACAUAAUAUUUAUUUACAUUUACAAGGGAUUUGUCAUUGUAAAGCAACAUUGAUAUGAUAUUAUUUGUGAAUUGUUCUCCACAGGCCACCGUAGUGGGGUCGACAGUUCAACAGAGGCAAUGUACGGCACCACUCGCCACGAGGGAUUCAAUGAUGUUGUACGAGGAAGAAUCCUCUCAGGGAACUACUUCCUGCUCAGACAGUAAGAUACAUCAGACACAUUUUCAGUAAAAUAAAUCACAUUUUAAUUUCAAUAGCUUAUUUAUAGCUAAUAUAAAAAAAAUACUUCACAUUUCUACGACUGUAAGAUCGGUGAUCAUGUUGGGGAUGGAAGCAUAAAUUAGAGUAUUUGGACAAAAGUUAAGACGGACUCUCACGGGUUGCCUCCCUCAGGAACUACGAGCACUACUUUGUGAAGGCCCAACAGGUGCGGCGGCUAAUAGCGGAGGACUUCAAGCGAGUGUUCAGCUCUGGUGUUGACGUGCUGCUCACGCCCACCACACUGAGUGACGCCAUGCGCUACACAGACUUCAUGCAGGAAGACAACCGCACACGCAGUGCCCAGGAGGACAUUUUCACACAGCCCGUCAACAUGGCAGGUACUGAGGACACACACACUCCCCCCACACUUCAAGGGAAAUAAUGUUAAUCUUUUAACUCUCCCUUUUCAAAGGAAUUGGGUUUGAAUUCAUAGUUCGUUCAACCCAUUGAUUAUAAAUCAGAUAAAGGUCUAUCUCAAACAGUUAAUCUCCAAAAGGAAAACCGAUCACUUUGAGGGCAGUUAAAGCUUCACCCAUAUUUUAUCCUCGCAGCCACUGAUCUUCAAACAACCUUACCCUCCCAACCUCUCGACUUUCUCACAUUUACCCCUUCAACUCUCUCUAUUUCUGCCCCAGGGCUCCCUGCUGUUUCCAUGCCAACAGCGUUAUCGAAAAGAGGCCUUCCCAUUGGCCUGCAGCUGAUAGGCCCCAUCUUCCAGGACAGGAAGCUGCUGACGGUAGCCCAGUGGAUAGAGCAGAAGGUGGGUUUUCCCCACAUUCGUUACCAUGGAGAUGCCGGAGAGGGGGAGAUGGGUGAGGAGGUCCAUGAGAGAGAGCAGACCUCCGUUGUAUGAGGAGAAUCAUGGACACUAAACUAAUGAUACAGACCUACUCAUGGAUGAUGGUCAAGGAAAGGACAUACUCAGAAAUAGCCCGUUUCUGGUUACCCUUCCAGGGUACUACCACCCAAUGAACCCACUUAAAGUGAUGCUCCAGAACUUUUCUAUAAUUUCUGUGUACUACGUCAUCCAUUUCAUAUGAUAUGUUAUGUUGCAAUUUGUAUGAUAUGUUACGAAU